GAGUUCGCGCCCUGCGAUGAGGAGCUGGAGGCCUACCGGCGCGGGGAGGAGUGGGACCCCCGGCAGGCAGAGGAGCGGCGCCGGAUGAAGGAAGCGGCGCAGCGUCAGGCGGAGGAGGAGGCGCUGCGUGGGCCGGCGGAGGUGACCCCUCCCAGCGACUACAAGGACAAGUACAGCCACCUGAUCGGCCGGGUGGCCGCCAAGGACGCCGCCCAGGCCAUGGAGGCCAACAAGGCUUACGGCUGCGUGCCAGUGGCCAACAAGAGGGACACGCGCUCCAUCGAGGAGGCCAUGAACGAGAUCCGGGCCAAGAAGCGGCUGCGCCAGAGCGAGGAGGAGGCCAAGAGCUCCUAAGGGCCCUCGGUGGCCCCGUUCCAUCUUGUGGGGCGGCCUCAGGGCUGCUCCCGUGGGGGGGGGGAGGAAUCGGUGGGGACUCUCAUCCUCCAGUCCUCUCCCUCCCCCCCUCAAACUACUAGCUAGAAUUUGCUUUUUAAUGCGCUAAAAAAGCGUUUUAAAGGCUGCCUAAGCCGAUUGAGGAAAGGUGAGGAGGGUCUGUGUGAAUAGGCGUCCCCCUCCCACAGUUGUCUCCUCCUUCUGCCCAUUGAACUCUAUUACCCAGCUUGGUGGGUCACUUUUGAGCCACGGGAGGAGUCCCCAUCUGGCUCAGUUGUGGGGCUGCAGCCCCCCAGCUUUGCCACCCAAAUGCCCCACUCCCAUCCACAGCAUCAUCUUGGGGCUGACCUUUGCCCUCUAGGCAGAACCUCCUCAUGUCCCUGGAAGGCCUGGGCCUGAGCUUCCUCCUCCUCCUCCCACCCCCCGUUGUUUGGUGUUGGCACAGCUCGGUAGGAGAGGAAGGACAAGUGGCCACUUCUUUUGGGGCAGCAGGGCAGACCUCCUGGUCUCGGCUCCCUUUGGGCAACUACAGAGUGUGUGUGUGUGUGUGUGUGUGUGUAUAAUACCAGGUUUUUAUUC